UCACUUUCCAAUUAACCUGUUCAUUCCAGGCAGCACAAUUUCAAUUUUGAGAAAAGAGCAGGAUGUUCCAACCCCAGUGUUAGCGUGCACUCUCUUACCCGUACGAGGAAAUGCUCGCCGUCUCAAGACCAACCCCCUAUACUAGACCUUCCUAUCUGAAUUCGUUUCCUCGAUACCACCGCAGAUCAUCGAAGAAGAAGUCCUUCGUCGAUUUUACCUGCUUGCUUUCCCGGUUCAAGGCUUUCCAACAUAGCCGGCCGGGCAACUUCUCACCGGACAUGCCUAAGAAACACGAAACCCCUUCCUCCAAAUCACCCAAGUCCUCAAGCACUCGAGCCAACUCAGACCUUGUAGUGAGACAAGUAUCAGGAACACACAGCAACAGACCCUCAUCCCCAACUGAAGGUAGUGGGGGAGGAAGUGAGGCCCAAAGCGCCUCUCAAAGAUCAUCACCUCCGUCAAUCUCUGCAUCUCGCAGAUCUGAACUCGCAGAUCGGCCUGCUCGCGCUACCGACCCGGCAACCGGUCGAAAUCGUACCAGUCCCGCACCGGCCGUCAUCGAUAACUAUCUGGCUUACCGCAAGCAAGCGUUCAUCAAGAUAUUCAUGGCGAGGGUCUGCGAAUGGCUUGACGACAACGUCUACAAUCUUGGGGAUGCCCACGAUCAAGACGGGGGCUGUCAGCGCGGCUCGAAGGCUUCCAGCUCAGGAGGCGUCAAGAGACGUGCUACGGAAGCGCGUCCAGUAGCUGGUCAGAAGCGGCAACUCAAGGGGCGUGAUCAAGACGAGGAAGGCUCCGAAAACGACGAGAAUAACGAGCGGAAGCCCAACAAGAAGCGUACCAAGACUGAGGAGGAUGAUUAUCGUCAAAAGUUUGCGUGCCCUUACUACAAGAACGAUCCCGUAAGAUACAAGAGCCAUCGAACCUGUGUUGGUCCUGGUUGGCACGAGAUUCAUCGGGUCAAGGAGCACCUCUAUCGCAAACAUCGCAUCUACGCCUGCAACAGGUGUUUUGAGACCUUCAAGAGCGAUAACUCACUUCAGGAGCACCAAAGAGCAGCCAUACCUUGCCCCGUGCUCGACAAGAAGAAGCGGAAGCUGGACGCAAGUGCAGGGAUGGAUCAGGAGACGGAGAAGCACCUCAGAGCGCGUAGGCAACCCGGUAAGCACGACGCUGACAAGCAAGACGAUGUCAGCAAGUGGUACGAAGUAUAUUACACCCUGUUCCCGGGGACGCAAGACAUUGGAAGCCCUCCAAGUCCUUGGUAUGACACCAACCCGGACAAGACGAAUGCAGGCGACUCCAACUCGAAAGGUUUGAAGUAUGUAAAGUACUUGCGGCGUGAGUUGCCCAACAUGAUUCAGCGUGAGCUCGAAAGAGAUCUCAACCGCUCGUUUGAGGGCUAUGGGGAUGGUCUUAUGGACCGCCUCUCGAUUUGGAUCCGAAACAGCUCGGCUAGGUGUGCUCAAAUCUUUGAGCACAUACCCUCACCUUCGCAGGUGGCGGACCUAGAAGAUCCCGAGACUGCACGAGGAUCUCGGGCGGUGUCGCCACAGGUGUCCCCUGAUACCGACUUGACUGUCGGUAUCGAUGCCGAUGCCAGUGUCGGUGCCAUCGAGAACGCUGUAGAAUGGGAUUUUACCACUCUCGAUUGGGACAUGCCCGGCUUGUUUGACCAGUUCAACAUUCCUUUGGUUUGCCCAAUGACAGACGACCAGUGCAUUACAGAUCCUGACUCCGCCUACGGUACUGGCAGUAUUGAGGACUCUUCUGGGGCUCGACAGAAUUACAUGUGAGAACAAGUGAAAUACCUUGUUUUCACCGGGUCCUAUGUUCUCUUGGUGCCUAUACGUUAUGAUUUCAUCAUCAUGGUUAUUGAGAGCUGUGGCACUUUGCCAUAGUACAGCCAACUUCGACAAUCAUCGAAUCUCGUUCUUUACCCACCACUCCUUUCCCACUAUGUCUAGUGGCUGCAUGUAUUUCCUUUGUGCUUGUUCUCUA